UUAAAAGAUGGUGAAUUUUUUCUUGGUGGAAUUUUCGCUUUUCAUGAAACCUGGAUCAUCAGGGAGCAUAAUUACACAGAAAAACCCAAGCCAUGGGAGUGUAUCAGCGUGAAUUUCAGGGAUUUCCAGUUUGCUCAAGCCAUGCUAUUUGCUAUAACAGAGAUAAACAACAGGUCAGACUUACUGCCAGGCAUUUCACUGGGCUAUAAGUUGUACGAUUCUUGUGGGUCCAUUCUUCAUGGAGUUGGGGGAGCAAUAGCUCUGGCUAUGGGCAAUGAAGAAGUACUUGUGUCCUCUGAAUCACUAUGCACCAGAUCAGCUCAUGUGCAGGCCAUUAUAGGAGAGACUUCAUCUUCUCCUUGCAUGGCCACAGCUACAGUCCUCGGUCCAUUUCAUUUGCCAAUGAUCAGCCACUUUGCCACUUGUGCAUGUCUGAGUGACAAAGUGAAAUAUCCCUCCUUCUUUAGGACUAUACCCAGUGAUCUGUACCAGAGCAGAGCGCUGGCCCAGCUAGUCAGGUACUUUGGUUGGACAUGGGUGGGAGCCAUCAGAACAGAUGAUGAUUAUGGCAAUAAUGGCAUGGCCACUUUUGUUGAAACUGCUCAUCAGCUCGGUAUCUGCCUGGAAUAUUCUGUGUCCUUUUUUAGAGCUGACCCACCUGAAAAAAUACUGAAUAUUGUCAAAAGAAUAAGACAGUCUACAUCCAAAGUGAUAGUAACCUUUCUCACACCAAAUGAGAUUGCUGUACUUAUCACAGCCUUAUCUGAACAGAAUGUGACUGGUUAUCAGUGGGUGGGCACAGAGGCCUGGAUCUUUGAUUCUAAAACUGUGGCUAAAGACAAGCACCACAUUCUAGAUGGGGCCAUAGGGUUGUCCAUCCCAAAAACUCAUGUCAGUGGCAUGAAGGAGUUCAUGAUGGAUGUGAGACCACUCAACAUGUCUGGUAAUCAGUUAUUUACUGAGUUCUGGGAAGAACUGUUCAACUGUAAAUUUCAUGCAGAGAGCUAUCACAAAAGAUGUACAGGAACUGAAGACCUGAGUCAAGUGGACAACAGCUUCACUGACAUGUCUCUGAUGCCAAUCUUUAACAAUGUUUAUAAGGGAGUGUAUGCAGUGGCCCAUGCACUGCAUAAAAUCCUCAAAUGUAACAAAACUUGUCAAACAGAUGUGACCUUGGAUCCUCACAUGAUUUUGCAACAUUUGAAAAACAUUCAUUUCCAAACAAAAGAAGGAGAAGAGGUGUAUUUCAAUGAGAACGGUGAUCCUGCUGCUAAAUAUGAAAUCAUAAACUGGCAACCCACUGCACAGGGCACAGUGGACUUUGUCACAGUGGGCCUUUAUGAUGCUUCUCUUCCUACUCACAGACAACUGAAGCUACAAAAUGUGUCUUUAAAUUGGGCCCAGAAUUCUAAGCAGGUGCCAGUAUCAGUUUGCAGCAAAGCGUGUUCUCCUGGAACACGUAAGGUGCUCCAGAAAGGAAAGCCAGUGUGCUGUUACGACUGUGUGCCUUGUGCAGCAGAAGGAGAAAUAAGCAACAGCACAGAUUCCAUCACUUGUGUCCAAUGUCCUUCAGAUUUUUGGUCCAAUGCCCAAAGAGACACAUGUGUGAAGAAGGAAACCGAGUUUUUAUCUUAUGAAGAAAUCAUGGGAGCCCUGCUCACGGCAGCCUCUUUAUUUGGGACGUGCAUGACUUGUGCUGUGGCCUGGGUUUUCUACAAAUACAGGAAAACUCCAGUAGUGAGAGCCAAUAACUCUGAGCUGAGCUUCCUGCUGCUCUUCUCCCUGAGUCUGUGUUUCCUGUGCUCUCUCACCUUCAUCGGUCGUCCCUCUGAGUGGUCCUGCAUGCUGCGCCACACUGCAUUUGGCAUCACCUUUGUCCUCUGUAUCUCUUGUGUUCUGGGGAAGACUAUAGUGGUGCUCAUGGCCUUCAGAGCCACACUUCCAGGCAGUAAUGUCAUGAAAUGGUUUGGGCCUCUUCAGCAGAGACUCAGUGUUCUGGCUUUCACACUGGUACAAGGUGUAAUAUGUAUUUUGUGGUUAACAAUCAACCCUCCUUUCCCUUUUAAAAAUAUGAGUCACUAUAAAGAAAAGAUUAUACUUGAGUGUGGACUUGGAUCACCCAUUGGUUUCUGGGCAGUUCUUGGAUACAUAGGUCUGUUAGCUUUGUUGUGUUUUGUGUUGGCGUUCUUGGCUCGUAAACUUCCUGAUAACUUUAAUGAGGCCAAGUUUAUCACCUUCAGCAUGUUGAUCUUCUGUGCAGUCUGGAUCACUUUUAUCCCAGCUUAUGUCAGCUCUCCAGGAAAGUUUACUGUUGCCGUGGAGAUAUUUGCUAUUUUGGCUUCUAGUUAUGGUAUGCUGUUUUGUAUAUUUUUGCCCAAAUACUUUAUCAUAUUAUUCAAGCCUGAACACAAUACAAAGAAACAUCUGAUGGGUAAAGCUUCACACAAGGGACUGUGA